AUGAUGUUCGCACGCCCAACCCUCCUCCGCGCCUCCCUCCGCGCAUUCAAUGCCACCGCUCGUCGCCCAGCCCAGCAGGCCUUCCGUCGCACUUAUGCCUCCUCUCCCGGUUCCGCUGCCGAGCAGGCCUCCAAGUCUAGCGACUUACCAUGGAUCCUCGCGUCCGUCGGUCUGACCGUUCCCUCGGCGUACUUCUUGCUCCAGUCUGGUCCGGAAAAGGGCCAUGAUGCUCAUGCUCAUGGGCAUGACGAAGGGGCGCAUGAGGAGCCGCAGAAGGAGGAAGAGCAGGGUGCUUCUGCCUCCGAGACGGAGUCUAAGCCUGAAUCUGAGGAUAAGUCUGAGGAGAAGAAGCCUGAGAAGGAAGAGAAGACUGAGGGGGAUAAGAAGGAGGACAACCCCCAGAAGGAAGAGAAUUCCGAGGAGAAGCCCAAGGAGAAGGCCGAGGAGAAGGCCGAGGAGAAGGCCGAGGAGAAGUCCGAAAAGGAAAACCAACCCCAGAAGGACGAGAAGACUGGGGAGCAGACAGAGGACAAGAGUGACAGCCAAGGAGAAGACUCCAAGCCCAAGGAGGAGUCUCCCGCCGAGAACUCCCAGUCUUGA